CAGAUCUGGAGUAAAGGAAGGAAGAGAGAGAGAAACCGAUUUACUCAGAACAGCCGGCGAUCAAACGAAAGGCUCAAGUUCUCACGCAGGGAGAAACGACUUUGAAACGCAGAUCAGAAUGAAUAUCUCGCAUUUGGUGGCUUGUGGACUAUUAAUGACGCUCCUUUCCGUCAGCAUAGAGGGGAAACCUUUAACUCAGGCGCAGCAGAAGUCUCUCAGGAGCCUCCUGGGGGAGGAGCUGUCGGACUACCUGUCGUCGGGGGAGCGGAGGCUGGAGGGGCUGCGGUCUCGGGUUCGUCUCCUGCGGGACCUGAGGCUGGACACGCGGGCCAAGGGCAUGUGGGCCCGGAUCCUCAACGACCCGCCCAGCCAGCGCCGGCACAAGGCCGGCGUGAAGAAGGGCGCGGGCCGCAGCGGCUGCUUCGGACACAAGAUGGACCGGAUCAGCACCAUCAGCGGCAUGGGCUGCUAGGGCCGGCGCCACACGCCACGAACGCUCAACGGACGAUGGGUUCGGACAACAGCUCUUUAGUUGGUCUCCGCCUGAGAAAAAAAAAAAAAACAAGAGUUACCAUCUUUACUCAAGAAAUGGAUUUUCGGUACGAAAAACCACCACGACCAGCGUUACUGAAGACUGAUGACAAAACGAUGAAACAAAUUCUGAUAUAUGCCAUAGAAACACACACACAUGCACGCGCGCACACACACAGGCACACGCACACAUACACACCGGAUGGUGGACAGUGGUGUACAAACUGAAAACUGCAAAGCUGUAAAUGUCAUGUACUUCAUUCCUGCAUAAAUGUAUUUAUGUUUAAAAAAAACUAUUUAUAUGUUUAUAAAAAGAGAUAUUUAUAAAUAUGAGUUUUAUUUAUGUAACAUUUUUUUGAAAUGGAUGCAAACUGCAGGUCAAUUACGUUUGUAACUUUUUUUUUUGUCUUAAAUAGCUGUAAAUGUUUUAAAAAUGAAAAAAAAAAAAAAAACAUUCCACACGCA